CGAAAUUCACGGAUCGUUGAUUAUCGCAGAUGAUAAUUGCAAUUAAAACUGCCAACGAAUGCAAAACUUAUGACAACCGUAUUUCAAUUAUCACUCGGUCGGUCGUGUUAAUGAAAUACCGAUCAAGUCGGAGGUGCACUGCAGUUGAUUUAUUUCGAAAAAAUUGUCAAGACGAUUUCAUAAUCACUCGACGCAAUUAAAGUUAUCGAUCGAGCGCCCAAUUUCACUAUCCGAAUCUAAUGAAGACAGUAAAUUGUGCCCGUUGAAACAAUCCAGCAUCUAAACGUCACGCUCGCCAGUAACUUGAGCCUAUUCUGUUUUCAUGUCAGAAUCUGUCAUUUCCAACCACUGUCUUGGCCACAGUUGAUAUCUAAAUCGUCAGUAGUAAUGCGGCAAGUUGAUCCAGAUAUUUUCAACUCAUCAUAAAGAUCUGAUAUAACUUUAGGUGCAAGAGUUCAAAUUUCGUUUUCAUAAUUAUUAAAAAAAAAAUGACCUGAUCCUUUGGUACAAAAUUAUCGCCGAUUCUCCUCGGGGAGAUGUAGUCCUGCAAGAGGACAACAAAAUUUCGCGCAAAUGAUUCGGUUAUCGGGAGGAGCAGAUGUACCUGAAAUUACCAGGAACGGAAAGACAUGUCCGAUGCAGAAGAUACGGAAGCAGUUCCGACGCCGACAGAAACGCCAGAAGCGACGGAAACAUUGUCACACGAGGAUAUCCCGUACAAUGAAUCAACUCCGGAAGAAAAGGCGGCGGAACAAUCAUCGGAGGAGAAUGUAGCAGACAAAAGAGACGACGACGGUAAUAACCCCGAAAAUGAAGGUGAAGACGGAAAAGAGACGAAAGGAGAUGAGCACGCGACUGCGGAGUCGUACGAUACGGGGGAAAAGAAAUCACAAGCUUGUCCACCGCCAAGGAGUAAAUGCAGAGCACGCUCCCGAGAUACGCGUCAGUGCAAAAAACACUUUCGCGAGAUGAUCGGUAAGCACGAGAUACGAAACGACGAGUUGGAACAACGUGAAACGGAUCUGCGUCAGCGGUUAGAGAUGCUGGAAUCUUCGAUGCCAGCGGUGAUGGUGUGGAAUAUUUGGAGGAUGGCGCAAGGAGCGCCGGUUUCUCAACUCCGCGAUGUCGUGCAAAAACAAUUUUUGGGACCAGCAACGGCGAUUUCGACUUGUCCGACCACACCGAGCCAGCACUGGGAUUGCAGAGUCCGUGAAAUUGAGGCGGAACGAAAACAAGCCCAGCAUAGGGCCGAAGAGGCGCGACAGGUCUUCGCUAUUAAAGACGAUGCCUUGAAGAUGCAGAAGCAGCAGAUCGAAGAGGCGAGAAAACUUCAAGAGGAUCGAAUGGCACAAGUUUCUAAGCUCGAGGAGGAGGUCAAACGUCUUCAGGAAGCACUGCAGAAAGCCCAAGGUGACGAGAAUUUCUGCGAGACGGGAGAAUGCGGCGAGAUAAAAUGCCGGCAAAUGUGGCUUCAGGGUGUGUCCAGCGCUAGUUCGAUCCAUUCUACGGAUCUCGAGUGCCUUGCGAGGCUUCAAGAUCUCGCGGAGGCGGAGAUUUGCAUGAAACGACAGAUAGCGGAUCUUGAACGCAGGGAGUGCGCGUACAUGCGGACACUCCAACAGGCGGAUGAAAUGUGGGCUAAAAUGGAAGACGACAACGCAAACAGCUUGGGUGACCUCAAAGGACAGUUGGGAGCAAAAAUCGCCGCGAAUCAACAGCUCGCGGGUCGAAUAGUGGAGCUUGAAGACGAGAUCGAAAAGCUCAAAUCACAACUGACCAAAACUACGGCCGCGCUAUCGGAAUACAAGGAAAAAACUUUCACCGACGCGAGUCUUGGCGACGUGGACGUAUCUACGGAAGAGAAAAAGGAACAGACCGAAGAGAUCGAGGGGAUGAAGGAUACGAUUAACGGCGAUGCGACAAACGAAGCACGAGACACGAAGUCACUCGAAACUAGAAUGUCGCUGAAAUCUGAUGAAACUGAGAAGGAGCGAAAGGCGACGACUCGGCGAGAAGAAGACACGAAAUACCCACCACCCGGAGAAACUCUUCAAAAUCGAAUAAAAACCGAGAAAAUAUCUGUGACUGCGGUCAACGAACCAAUGGGAGAAAAACUCUCAGACUCGGGGAUUCUCGGUAGACGAGUGAAAUCCGAAGAGGCCCGGCAUGACCCGAAGGUUACUACUGCAGCGGAGUCGGUGCAAGUUAAACCUGAAUACGAAGAAGCGGAAACCCAGUCGAUGCCCGAUAAACCCAACCAUGAAAAGAAAACUACGGAAGUUCAAGUCCAGUCUCCGGGUGUUUCGAAGGUUGAAAUCAAGCGGGAAGUAUCCGGUAAACACUCGGUUGAGCAGCAACAGGAAAUCAUCCCACCCAGACAAACUUCGAAGUCCGAAGAUAGAGGGUCUCUGGCUCAUCUUCUAAAAGCUCCGACGGAGGACAAGGAUACUGAAGUGCCGGUGGAAUCAAGGACUACGAAAUCGCUCGUGGAUCAAAAAGAAGCUCAUCAAGAGAAUCCUCCAGCAGCCUCUCUGUCUGCCGAGACUCCGGAAGUAGUAGCAGCAGCUCUUGAAACCGAUACAAAAACCGUUUCACCACCGGCAUCCAGGCUAACUGUCAAAUCUGAUCUCGAAACAGCACCUGAAUUAUCAGCACACACAACCUCCGAAUCAUCGCCUAUUGCGAUCGUCGAUGGACCCAAGGCUGAUGCGGACACCGCUGAGGUCAUUGCGACCCCCGUCGUUACUCCCGUUGUGAGUGACUCCAAACCGAUAAAAGAAGUUACAUCUGAACUACCACCUGAACCGGAAAUCGCAACGCCUCCCGUACUUGUAAAACUGGAACCAAAAGUCGAAGCUGCCUACGGUCCUACUUACGAGGAAACUUUCAAAGCAGAGCUCGAAGACACCUCCGACACGUUGAUUAUCCCUGUUCAAACCAUGCUGUCCUGGUACAGGAUUACCGCAUGUCUCCAAAGACAAAUUUUGAUUUGUCCGCGUUGUUCGUCGGCGAAUAGCGAAAUAAAAAAGAUGCUGGAAGAAAUCAAAACCUGUUUGGGGAAAGACGCUCCCGAUUUAUCAGAAGUCAAGUGUCCUAAGGCUGAAGAAGAUGCGAUGAAUUCGGGCGGUGUGUCUCAAAAAAAAGGUCCCUGUAUCUGCAAGCCGAACACCUGCCCUUUGGAAAGGAUUCCAGGCACGACUUCGGAAGAGGCCCAAGCUAGCGUUCGGAUUCAAACCGUAGUCGACGAGCAAUCGCAGACAUCGAUACCGGUGAGGAUCCCGAGUCGAGAGAACAGUAUUUCAAAAUCUAACAAAGGCUGGAAAAAAACUAAGGAGAAACUGAAGCUAACAAGCAUCGACGAAGGUACGGAACCUGACCGAGUGAAGCAACGUUCGGGGUCAAUACCACAUUUGAAAGACGAGGCUACCGUGACGGUAGAUGAUAUUGGCUCUCAAACGGAAGCCGUCCGAAAAGCCUUUCCCCCUCCGAUCAAAGCGGACGACAAAGCUUGCGUAUGUCCGACUGGGGUAUGUCCGAAGAAUAAGUUGGAGAAUGCUCCGUCUUACGGCGAAUGUAGACCGGGGGAACUCCCCGCGAGUACGAAACAAGUUCGGCAAACUAGAGAGUACAAAAGCACGGCAGACGCGAUCCUUGCGCCAGCGAUAAAAGUUUUACCCCGUAAGGAGGACAGAGAAAACGCACGAACUAACGAGUCUAAAACGCGUAACUUCGAUUCAGAAAGCAACGCGUCUACUUGCUGUAUUUGCGGGAAGCCAGUAACUCCGGUAUCCUCGAAGAGGGCCACAGCCAUACCUACAAAAUCGUCGUUCCGUAGCAAAGCAAUGUUGGCGUCGGACAAUUCGGAUAAUGAUUUCCUUUGCUGUACGUGCAAGGAAAAGAAUUCUUCGGACGCUAGACCGAAAGGUUUUGCAGCUAGUAAGAAUUCCGAGAAAUUUUCGGCAUCGGCCCGAGUCUUGCAACGAGAAAAACCGCCUUCGGGUGUCAUGAAAAUGUCGUGUAGUCGCGACGUUUGCUGCCCUUGCGAUGAGCAAGAAACUCACGUUAUAUUGAAGUCGCUAGUUGGUAAUUCAGAAGUACAUGGAUCGAAGACAAAACCAGAAACGAAAGAUGUCUACUGUCUGGCGAAAAUAGCGCGAGACAAAUCUUCGAAAACAGAAUCCCAACAGCGCAAAGAUAAAGGUAUCGUCAAAACUACAACCCCCAGUACGUCCAGCGGCCUUUCCGGUCAGAUCUCAUCCUGCUCAAGCACCCACAAGGAAUCCAAAACGACGGAGAGCUCGAGCUCCAACGUAUGCUGCUCGAACAUCGAGCAAGUCGUUGGGAUGCCGAAAAAAACCGGCAAGGGAAACAAAUGCAUAUGCGAUGGUCAGAGAACUAAAGGUCAUGCGGAAAAAUGCGCGUGUGGUGAUGACGAUCGGUCAAAGCUCACCAAUAAUCCGAAUGAAGCGGAACGCACCAAGUUCGGUUCGUGCUGCCCACCGGGAUUAUUUUCUCGGGGAUGAAAAAAAAAAAAUUCACGUUGCGCCGAGUCGCUGCAACAAUAUUUUCAUCCGACAUACAUACCGUUGAUACUCGUGUCUUUUAAUAAUAUAUCGAUUACCUUGUACUUUUGACCAUGUAUAUAUACUCUGUAGUGCACGCAAUGAUUAUUUUUUGGAUGGAUUUUGACGAAACCUACGUGAUUAUUAGCAAAUAAAAAGCUAGAUGAAUCGUAAUCGUACAUGAGUUUCAACUCACCGAACGUUGGCUAAAGUGUGUCUUCUCGAACGAAGAUUAUGAUACCCACGCAGCUCCCCGAUGCUGCCUUGUUCCGCCUGCAUU